CCAUUGGCAAUUAUGGUUUUAAUGUCUAUUCUGUCAUAUCGAAAAAAUAAGAAAAAUGCAGACCCAAAAUACCAUGAAAGUCUUGCCCAUACAGUUAAAGAUAUAAUUUUAGGAGUUAAUCAUUCAGAUCACUCCAAAGAUAGAAAAAAAGCCAAAAAAGUGGUCAAAGCUUUACAAAAUAAAACGGCUGCACAGGGUAUGAUAGAUGUAUUAAAAGCAAUGCCGGACCCAGACCUAAUUAUACCUUCAGUUGAAGUUACAGAAGUAGUAGUAGUAGAAGAAGAAACAACUUCAACAAAACCAUCCAAAUCAUCAGAUAAAAAUAACAAAGAAUCAUCCAUUAAAAAAAUAAAAAAAGAAAAGGUUACAAUCAAACCACCUUCAACUUCUUCUAUAAAACUUUUUCAGCCACCUUCAGAUAAUAUUUCAGCUUAUGUUUAUUGGUGGGGUUACGAAAUUUAUGUGCCGCAAAAAUGUAUGGGUAGAUUGGAUCAAGCUCAAAAUGUCAGUAACAGUUUUUUGGGAUUUAUACAAAUUAUAGCCGGAAAUGCUUCUGCUAUUUCUCCCUAUUUUGGUUUGAUUUCUGCUUGGGUUGGUUUACAAUUCACUGUAAUUAAAUCUCAAAAUGUUGGCCAUGGUGUUGUUUUGGCUGCUACUUGGGUUCUUCCCGUAGCUAUAGUUCCAAGGCCAUGGGAUGCUCCGCUUAAAGAAGUUAAAGAAGUAUGAACAAUUCCUUGACAUUAUUAUAUUCAACAAUUUUAAAUAUUGUUAAUUUUAUGUAGUUAUUUGAUUUUAUUAAUUUUGUUAUUUAUUAAUUGUAAUUAUAAUUCUUUUUUUUUUUUUGUAAUUUAUAAUAUAUUAACUUUAUUUCUUUAUUUCUCAAUAUUUGAUAUUUUAACGUGUUUGGCAUUAAUGCAAGUAUGCGCACAAAAUUUUUAAAAUUUUUUGCAGAUUCAAUUUAUGUAGUGAUUUUUUUGUAGCAUUUCUUAUUAUAUGUAAAGUAAAGCUUAACAUGGUAUGAUCGACUGUCGCAGUUUGCACUAUGCAAUCAUACAAUUUUUCCGCCUUAUUAUUUACGUCGUACAUUCAUUCUGACUUAAAAAUAAAUUUUCUAAAUUUAAAUAAGCUAGGAAAAUCUUAUACUAUUUUUGAGACCCUGCAUUUAGCCAUACUCCGUUUCAUCAUCAUAAUAAAAA